GAGAAAGAGGGUGCCGGGUCAAGUCUCUGGCGUAGACUCCAAGCUCCUCCUCCUUGUUCGUGUUCGAGCUCCUCUCCCCUCUCACCUGUCUCUUCCCUUCCCAAAAUAUAUAUCCAUCCAUAAACACCACGGACUCGAACCUUCUCCUUCUCUCUCUCUCUCCUCCGAAGUGCGCGCUUUCUCUCUCCUCGUUCUUCGAAACCCAAAGGUACCUCUCUCUCUCUCUCGCGCGCGCGCGCGCUCUACGAGGGUUUAGAUCGAAGCAAUGCUUCACAUCUCAAAUGGCGUUGACCACAUUCGGAUCUCACUGAAAGGUUUCGGUUGCACAAGCAGCCUCGUUCUCGGACUCACUUCGUCUCCAUCUCUGCGGCAUUUGAAGUCGAUGUCUUAGGCUCCAGCUUCGGAUUGAAGUAGAUUGUGUGAUUUGUUCUGCUUAUUUUGAUCCCCAAUCGCGUUUCCGAGUGUAUAUAUCUCUCCGUGUUUACUUUAUUGGAGUUGGUUUCGAUUAUUGAGGCGACUAUUGUGCUAUUUUUCACUUUUGGAAGGUGUUUCCUUAAUAUUUGGGUCUCAGGUGGCGCCAUUGCGUUUGAAUUAGAUUCAUCUUACCAAGCGUAGAGCUCAAGACAGUUUCUGAGGAGUAACCUUUUAUGCUUCUCGGAGUUAAAUUCUUCGAUUAGGGUAUUCUCUCUCCUUGAUGUGUCCAGCCCUAAAAGGAACAUCUUUCAAUUGCAUGCUAUGAGAGUCAGUUUCACAUUUGGAUUGAACCGCUGGGAUUUAUCUACGAUACAAAAUCAUGCUCUAGAUCUAUGUACUUGCGUCUUGUUCAAACGCAUAUUGAAUACUAGUUAUUGGUUAUUCUGCAAGGUAUCUUGAAGAUGAUGAUGAAGAGAUGGUCUGGCGCUGUUGUUUUACUUUUUUUAUUCGUUUUUUUAAUUUUGAGGUAUGUGAUAAUGGAGAGCCCAUUAGCAGAAAAAUCUCUUCAAAAAAUACUCUACCGUAAUAUUUCGGAUCCUCUUCAUUGGUUGAAUGUCCCAAACCCGCCUGCAGUUCUUAAUCCAGAGAAUGCAUCACAAGUUGUCUCAACUAGCGUCUUAUUCUCCCAUAUUUUAGCUCCUGGAAAUCUUAGUAACGGAGAAUCAGAAAUGCUGCAAUCUUGGAAUCAUUUGAAGCAAUUGAUGAAUCGUACUGAGGGGUUACCUAAUGCAGUUGAUGCUAUCAAAGAAGCUGGGAUUGCAUGGGAAAGCCUCAUGGCCUCAGUUGAAGAUGCAAAAUUGGUCGGCUCUGGAAAUGGAAGUGUUUACCAGAAAGUGAAAGAGAAGCAGUGUCCAUAUUCAAUUUGGAGGAUGAAUGCUUCUGAAUUUGGUGGUGAUGUCAAAUUAAAGAUACCUUGCGGACUGGUUCCGGGUUCUUCAAUAACCGUCAUUGGCACUCCUGGUGGUAUUCUGGAUAACUUUCGGAUCGAGUUAACUGGAACUGCACUUCCAGGGGAACCCGAUCCUCCAAUAAUAUUGCAUUGCAAUGUUCGCCUUCUUGGUGAUAAACUCACGGAAGAUCCGGUGAUAGUCCAAAAUACAUGGACCGUAGCUGGCGACUGGGGUCCUGAGGAGCGUUGCCCUUCAAAAGGUUCUGAAAACAGUAAAAAAGUUGACAAUUUGGAGCAAUGCAGUGAGAUGGUGGGUAAAGAUGAAAAGCGAAUAUUGGCAUCUGACAGGUAUUCUAAUGUUUCAAAACGAACUCCCACCAGGAAAGAGGGUGCUGAAGAUAGGAAAUAUUUUCCUUUUAAACAAGGAUAUCUUGCCAUUACCAUUUUUCGAGUUGGUGUUGAGGGUAUCCAAAUGACGGUAGACGGGAAGCAUAUUACUUCCUUUGCAUACCGAGAGAGUUUGGAGCCAUGGCUUGUUAGUGAAGCAAGAAUUUCAGGGGACAUUAAAUUAAUGUCGGUCAUAGCAAGUGGCUUGCCCACAUCAGAGGAUUUAGAGCACGUUGUUGAUCUUGAUAUACUGAAGUCACCACCAAUUCCUGUUGGUAAAGCUGUGGAUCUUUUCAUAGGCAUCUUUUCAACUGCAAAUAAUUUUAAACGAAGAAUGUCAAUUCGAAGAACAUGGAUGCAGUAUGAUGAAGUGCGCUCUGGAAAAGUUGUAGUGCGUUUUUUUGUUGGCCUGCAUAAAAACCAGUUGGUGAAUGAGGAGCUCUGGAAUGAGGCACGCACCUAUGGAGACAUUCAGCUGAUGCCAUUUGUUGAUUACUAUAGCCUGAUUACCUGGAAGACCAUUGCCAUUUGCAUAUAUGGGACGAAUGUUGUAUCUGCCAAGUAUGUUAUGAAGACAGAUGAUGACGCUUUUGUCCGUGUUGACGAGAUUCUUUCAUCUUUAAAGCAAGUCAACGUCAGUCGUGCUCUCUUAUAUGGCCGCAUCAAUUCUGAUUCUGAACCGCACCGGAAUCCAGAAAGCAAAUGGUACAUUACCCCUGAGGAAUGGUCUGGUGAAAAGUAUCCUCCUUGGGCACAUGGUCCAGGUUAUGUGAUCUCACAGGACAUUGCAAAGGCUGUCCACAGGCAGCAUAAGAAAGGGCGGUUAAAGAUGUUCAAACUAGAAGAUGUUGCAAUGGGUAUAUGGAUCGAUAAGAUGAAGAGGAAAGGUUUGGAUGUUAAGUACGUAAAUGAGGGGAGGAUCUACACUGAAGGGUGUGAGGCCGGCUAUGUGGUGGCCCACUACCAGGAGCCCAGAGAGAUGUUGUGCCUCUGGGAAAAGCUUCAGGAGACUCAUCGAGCGAAAUGCUGUUGAAAUUGGUCGUAAUCCUAAAAUGAAAUGGUUAUAUGGCGGGGAAAAUGUCGUCGUCGCGAUGCUACUUCCUGAAGGCUAUAAAAGAGUUUUUCACUAACUCGGUGAGAUGGAAGCUCGCAUUGUAACUGUUGAACGAACCAGCCGCCUUUUGAAGGCACCCUCGGAGAUCGACCUUUGUUUUUUCCUUUAAAUUUUUGUUGCUUGAGCUUAGGUAGAUCUCGGGAGGAUAUGAGAAUUUCUCUGACAAAGUUUAAGAAGUGAGGUAUACGCAAUAUGGUGUUUUCUCUGAGAGGAUAUUGGUUUUUAGUGUAUUAAACCUCCCCUGUAUCAUAUAUUAUAGGAGGUACAGAUUAGGUUAGGAUAUUUUUGAUUUAGGGAGUACAAGUAUCCUCACAGAUGUAAAAGCUGCACUUUUUUAUUUUUCCCUUCUAUUUUUUUCCUGAAAUUAUUUACUUCAGCACUGCAACUUUUGGUCCCUUCAAUUUUA